AGAAGAAGGGUAGCGAAGUAAUUGUGAAAAAAAAAUCCCCAAAUUCUGAUUUGUGGAAGAAUCCUCAAACACAGACACAAACACAAUCACAAACUCAUAAAACUGAGAAACCAAAGAAAACACAAUCCGAAUUUUCAAACUUAUUUGCUUUUUUUUGUUUGUAUAACUGGCUAAUCCACAGCCUAAAGGGGAUAAAGAGAGUAAUUGGAGAGCAAAGGGUAUUGAAAAAAGAUAGAUGGCAGGAAGAGAGGUCCGCGAAUACACCAAUCUUACCGACCCUAAAGAUAAGAAGUGGGGGAAAGGAAAGGAGAAGAUAGAUGAUGAAGACACCACUUUCCAACGCAUGGUUGCCAAGGAAUCUUGGUUUCCUCUACCGGGCGGUUGAUGCAAGCAGAUGCAAGAGGUUGCAGGAGAGCGUGGAGGCUACCUUCAUGGGCGAGGCGCCUUGGACAGUGAUGAUCUACUCUAUCUCAAGGAGCAAAUGGAAGCUGAGGAGGAUGCAGAACGCCUCCUACGUCGAACUGAGAAACGGGCAUUUGCUGCGUUUAAGAAAGCUGCAAGUUUAGCAGAUUCUUCACCUGCAUCAGUCCCCUUGCCACUUCGAGUUGAGCCCAAGCCCAAGAGUGGAAUCAGACAGCAAUAUUUAUUGAAAAAGGUCGUGGAAAUCAAACCCAAACGGAAGAGAACUUCUAGUCCAUCUGAUGGGAAUCAGUCAACUCCUGCUUCAAAUGAUUCUGCUUUAAAAAGCCUUAAGUCUGAGUCUCACCAGGAGAAAGAGCAGCCUGAGACUGACCGGGAGGAGAAAGAGUGGCCUUUGUCAAGAUUGAAUAAAGCAGAGGGAGAUACUAAUAUGGAAAACCCUGUUAAAAGUUUACUAGGCCUAGCAUAUGCAAGUUCUGAGGAUGAUGAGGACUGAAGAAUGCAUUGAUACCUGUGUAUCUAGAUCCUUCAGUGCAUCAUAAAGCUCCUGAUGAUUUUGUUAAUGACCUCAAAGCUCUGGAUUCUGCAGCCCAGAAAACUUGUUGAGGGUCAUUGUGUGGUUUUGCCCCUCUGGCACCUGCUUGUAGCUCCUAUUCUUGUAGCUACUCUCUCCAUGUGAGGUGCUUCAACCAUUUGUUGUGUUCAGUAUAUCAUCUUACAUUUUCUCAGCCCCUUUGAUUUUUCAUUUCCUGGUUUGUAAAUCUUUAAGGUAUUCUGAAUAUCGUACUGUCCUUUUGUGUGUGUGUGUAUAUAGAGGAAGUAUAUGCGUUAUUGUUUUUAAAGCUCAAAUGAUAAUGAAAAAUUGAAGUUACCUUGUUCUUGGA